CUAAUAUUAUAUGUCGAUGACAUAUUGUUAAUGGGUAAUGAUAUUCCCGCUCUCACUUCUGUAAAGACGUGGUUGAGCGAGAACUUCUCCAUGAAAGACUUAGGGGAUGCUAGUUAUGUCCUUGGCAUAAGAAUCUACCGAGAUAAAUCAAGAAAGUUAAUAGGUCUAAAUCAAAGUACAUAUAUAGAUAAAAUCCUUGAUCGAUUUAGCAUGUCUAACUCAAAGAAAGGAUCUUUACCUAUGACACCUAGCACGGUUCUUUCCAAGAGCCAGAGUCCUUCUACUCCCGAGCAAAAGGAACUCAUGAUGAAGGAUGCAUUCCUGGUAUACGGUGGUGAGGAAGAGCUAAAGGUGGUCAGUUACACUGAUGCUAGCUUCCAAACCGACAGAGACGAUUCAAAAUCACAAGCAGGAUAUUUGUUUUUCCUGAAUGGCGGAGCUUUUAGCUGGAAGAGCUUCAAGGAGGAUACAACCGCCGAUUCGACUAAAGAGGCUGAGUACAUAGCUGCCGCCGAGGCAGCUAAAGAAGCUGUUUGGAUCAAGAAGUUCAUUACUGAAAUUGGAGUGGUUCCUAGUAUUAAUGACCCUAUCUCGUUGUUUUGCGACAACACUGGGGCCAUUGCACAGGCAAAGGAACCGCGAUCUCACCAGAAAACCAAACACACUGUACGACGCUAUCACAUCAUACGAGAAAUCGUAGACAGAGGAGAUGUGAUUAUUUGCAAAGUGGAUACUAACGGCAACAUAGCCGACCCCCUGACCAAGCCUUUAGGAAAGCUAAAGCAUGAGGGUCACACUAAGUCCAUGGGCAUUCGACCGAUGCCAGAUUGGCCAUAGUGCAAGUGGGAGAUUGUUGGAGUUGUGCCCUGAUGGCCAACUGUUUAUCGUUAUUCUAUCAUGUAUAGGCAGGUAUAAUAUGUUUACACAUCUCAUGCUAAUGUAAACAAAUACUAUAUUCCUAGAUUUAUAUUUAAAAGAUGUUUAUCAGAUAGUGUUCUUCUGCUGAUGAGACUAACGUCUUGAAAUAAAUAUUUAUCUAAAUG